GGUGAGCGGAGCGCCGGCGAGCCUUGCUUGAGCCCCGGCAGCGGCGCAGGGCUGGAAAAACUCCCCGUAGUUUUUGUUUGAACAUACUAGAAGUCUGAAGAAACAAAAAUAGUGGGGACCAGAUGAGAUCAAGGCAGUGACUGGCUUGCAUUCCAGUACUUCCUGCUCCAAGGACUGUUGCCAGAUUGCUGUGGAGAUGAAUGGAGAACAGCAGCAUGAGACAGAUGCAGGAUCUGGUGUGGAAGAAGCAGAAUUCAAUUGGGAUGAGUAUUUGGAAGAUACAGGAGCAACAGCAGCACCCCACGGCUCAUUUAAACAUGUGGACACUAGUCCACAAAAUGGCUUUUCACCAGGCAUGAAACUGGAGGUUGCAGUCAAGCCUGGCCCUGACACAUACUGGAUUGCCACAAUCAUUACCACUUGUGGGCAGCUACUACUAUUGCGAUAUGAUGGUUAUGGAGAGGACCGCAAGGCUGACUUCUGGUGUGAUAUCAUGACAGCAGAUUUGCACCCAAUUGGCUGGUGUGAGCAGAACAAGAAGACCCUCAAAGUGCCUGAAGGAAUCAAGGACAAAAUUUCUAACCAGGUGGAAUUCCUUCAGCAGACUCUGAAAGGAGCAUGCAGUGCCCCUGCCAACCUUUUAGAAGGACUCCACCGAGGGAAGAAUCCUUUGGAUCUCAUUGCACCUGGUUCAAGACUAGAAUGUCAGCACUUGAAAGAUUCCCUAGGAGCGUGGAUAGUCAACGUUUUGGAAAACAUUGGCGGAAGGCUCAGAUUGCGUUAUGAAGGACUGGGAGAUUCAGACCAGUUUGACUUAUGGAUGUUCUACUUAGAUCCUUUUCUCCAUCCAGUGGGUUGGGCAUCUCAACAAGGAUACAUUCUUGAGCCUCCUUUAGCUGUUAGACACUUGAAAGCUGAGGCAGAAUGGCAGGAGAUCCUAGCAAAAAUAAAAGAGGAGGAAGAAGAAUCUUUGGUGCCCACUGAUCUAUUUAAGGACAAGCCUGUGGUUGGAACGCACUCCUUCUCAGUGAACAUGAAGUUGGAGGUUGUCGAUCCAAAGGCCCCUUUUGCCAUCUCCCCUGCUACAGUUACAAAGGUGUUCAAUGAUAAAUAUUUCAUGAUAGAAAUAGACGAUUUGCGACCAGAACAUACCACAAGCCGGUCUUACAUAUGUCAUGUCAACAGUCCUGGUAUUUUCCCUGUUCAAUGGAGUCUAAAGAACGGCUUACAUCUCAGUCCUCCGCCUGGUUAUCCUGGGCAAGACUUUGACUGGGCAGACUAUCUCAAGCAAUGUGGAGCUGAGGCUGCUCCCCAGAGUUGUUUUUCCUCGCUAAAUUCUGACCAUGGUUUUAAGGAGAACAUGAAACUUGAGUCUGUAAACCCAGAAGAUCCACACGAAAUUUGUGUUGCUACAGUUUCAAAGGUGAAGGAUUCCUAUCUCUGGCUUCAGCUGGAAAGUUCUAAAAUGCCGGUGCUUGAAUGCAUAGUGUGUGUGGAAUCCAUGAAUAUAUUUCCAGUAGGUUGGUGUGAAACUAAUGGAUACCAGCUCAGACCUCCUCGCAGAGCAAUAGUGAACAAGGAAAAGAAAAUUGCAGUGGUCCAACCAGAGAAACAAACUUUGUCUUCAAGGACUGACCAUGAGGGACUGAAGAGCCAGGAACUGAACUCUGCCGACACAAUUGUAACAAAUGGUAAAUACUGCUGUCCAAAGAUCUACUUCAACCACCGCUGCUUCUCAGGGCCAUAUCUUAACAAAGGUAGAAUAGCAGAACUGCCACAGUCUGUGGGACCUGGAAAUUGUGUCCUUGUUCUUAAAGAGGUUCUUUCUUUGUUGAUCAAUGCUGCUUAUAAACCUAGCCGUGUUCUUAGAGAAAUACAACUGGAUGAGGAAGCUGCGUGGCAUGGAUAUGGAGAGACCCUGAAAGCAAAGUAUAAAGGAAAGAGCUACCGUGCCACCGUGGAGGUUGUAAGAACAGCUGAUCGGGUUUCAGAGUUCUGCAGGCAGACCUGUAUCAAACUGGAAUGUUGUCCCAAUCUUUUUGGCCCCCAGAUGGUGCUAGACAAGUGCUCGGAGAACUGCUCUGUCCUGACGAAAACCAAAUAUAGUGAGUAUUCUCACUAUUAUGGGAAGCGGAGAAAUAAAAGGAUUGGCCGACCACCAGGUAUCCACAGCAACACAGAGGCAAGCAUGAAGAAGGCCAGCAGGAAGAGAAAGAAACGAAAAAACUUCUUUGUUCAUAAGAAGAAACGAUCAUCUACCUCUGUGGACAACACACCAGCUGGCUCACCACAAGGCAGUGGAGGUGAAGAAGAGGAUGACCAGGAUGAGGUGGAUGAAGAAUCCCUGACUGAAGACAGUACCUCUGAGCAUCAGGAGGAACUACUUGAAGAGUCUGAAGUGUCAGAGAAGAAAUCACGGUCAUCUUCCCCCACGCAGAGCGAGCGGUCCCAUUUUGGGGUUCAGGACCGGGACAAACGGAAAAGGAAACUACGGACCUUCUCCUUCUCAGAUGAUGAAAAUAAACCACCUUCACCAAAGGAAAUAAAGAUAGAAGUUGGCGAAAAGUUGCAGCUGGACAGCAACCCUCUGGAAUGGAGUGUAGCUGAUGUUGUGCGGUUCCUCAAAUCUACAGACUGUGCACCAUUAGCUAGAAUAUUUCUGGAUCAGGAAAUAGAUGGACAGGCACUUCUUCUGCUCACCCUUCCUACUGUUCAGGAGUGCAUGGACUUGAAACUUGGCCCAGCCAUUAAACUUUGCCAUCACAUUGAAAGAGUCAAAUUUGCCUUCUACCAGCAGUUUGCCAACUAAAGGGAGAGGGAGGGGGACAAUGUUGAAACUGAAUUUUUGAAGCACAACUGCAGCGUCCUGCUCUUUCUUCAGUAGUGAGAGCCAAGGCGGGUCAGAUGGAAACUGCUUAUAAACUGACAUUUGCAGUCUUGCACUUUGAAGGAAGACAAAAUAAUAAUACUUGGAGCAAAACAUAAAUGCAAUCCUAGCUAUUUUCACAGCUGUCUCUUGGCUUAGGAAUGUAGUAUUUUGCUCAUUCUGUAUGUCAGGACCUUUUUAUGAAUAAAGGUGGUUGAAAUCUCUCCUCUGAGGGGAGAAAAAAUUCCUCUAGUUCUGGUCUGAAAAGAAUAAACUUGACAGCAUGUGGAAGGGAAUGCAGAUUGAUGGGAAUUUGCAGAACUAUCCCAUUUUCUUUGUCUUCAAGAUGAUUGCCAAGAUAAGUGGUGUGGCCAAAAGCUUGAAUACUGAAGUGCAGCCAGAUUUGUUUGUGAUAUUUAUUUUGGAGUUUGCUCUCUACCUCUACAACCUGAAAAAGCUAUGAGGGAAGUAAAAAUUUCUGGAGAAGGUCAUAAACCGCUAUGCAAGAACUGCUUUUCUGCAGUUAGAAUAGGGAUGCCAACUUUUUUUUUUCUCCUAACAGAGGCUCUGCCUUUAACAGCUACCUGAAAGUCAUACAUUCAACAGAGGUCUUUGUCAUGGAAAAGUGGUGGCUCUGAAGGUUAUGCCUGAUGGAAUUUCUGCCUGACAUGUUGCUGGUAAAGGCACAGAGGGUGGAAAUUGUAGGAAUUGUAAAUUUGAAUUUUUGUUUUGAAAGGCUUCGCUUUACCGAAACGCUGCAAUCUUCUUUUCUUUUUAACUGAAAGCUGCUCAGAAAUAUUGACACUUUAGUAAUAUCAUUUUUCUGGUUGGAAAUAUUUUUGGUAAAGUAUUGCAUGUUCCUUUUUGUAGGGGAAAAAUGACAUGGUAGGGAUUACAUUUUCGUCUCUCGUUCUCAUUUGUUUGAAAACCUGACCUUGCAUCUGUAGAGGAAGAAUGAAUAGAAAUGUAGAGCUCCUACAGAUAACUAGGAUAUUAAGAAUUUCUCCAAAUAAGUGUAGUUGUUUUGUAAAUGCAUGGGUGGAAUGCCGUCUUCCCUCUUCUAGCUAAAUAUAUAACAGAACAUGAAUUGUGAUGCCCUUUUGUGGCACAGUUCUUGUGACAUUAUUGACUAUGUGUACUCAUUAGGAGAUGGGGGUCCAUGGUUCUCCACAUGACUUUGUGGCAAUGUAGAGAGAACUCAAUUGCGUUCAACUUAAUGUGCUGGCUAAUGCUUAUCUAGAGCUGCUUCCCCACAACUUCAACCACUAAUUGUUGCUGCGCACUAUUGAAGAAUUAAAGCUCUUGGCUUCUGCAUAGUGAAUAAAAACUCAUUGGGAUCCAAUCAUGCACCAGGUGGGUUUCUGCAUUUCUACCCAUUAUAUGUGUGCAUUAAAUUUGAAAUAUAUAUGGUCGCUUCAGUCUAUGAAGAUUUGGGAUUCACAGAUCGGAACAUCAUUUUCUCCCUGGAGAGUCUUGUCCCAGGAUUUAAAUGAAUUUUAAGAAGAGGUAUCUUGUAUGGUGUCUUGAAAGAAAUUGCCUCCUAACCCUCCUAACUGUAGGGGACCCAGAGACUAUGGAUGUAGAGAAUGAUUUCCCACAGCUUUCAUAUUUCAGGUUUCAACCAAAGUAGAUUUAGUACAUAAAAUCCUGAGUAAAUGAACCUAUGGGCCGAAUUUGCACCUACAUUUGUAUAUUGAAAUUAGUGCUAUUCAGCUGGUCCAUUUAUUUAUGAAGAAAUGCACUUGUGUGUGUGUGUGAGUGCAAAUGCCUCUAUCAAGCAUCUGAAAGAAUAUCCACCUCUUCAUCAUCCAACCUCAGUGUAUCUUUUGUCUAUAAAUAGGCACCUGUUGGGUACCUUCUGAAAAAUAAUCCAAAAGGGAAUCAUAAAAACGUUGUAUGUACAUACAUAUGUCUCUAAGAUUUGCAGGGUUUUUAAAGUUAAAACUUUCAUACUCCAUACGUUGCUGUAAAUAAGUCAAACUAUGUUUUUGAUGCCAGUGGAGUAGGGCUGGCUGUCUGGGAUAUACUUAUAGGCUUAUAUUUCUGUCCUGCUUUAGCAAUUUGGUCCCAGUGGGAUCCAUUUAGGGGAUUUCAAAAAGAAAAAUGCAUCUCAUUGUUUUGUUACUUUUGAGAGUCAUUUCUAUGCAACACACGGGUACUUGUAGACUUCAUUUCUUGAGGCAGUUCAAGUGUGUCUUGUGGGCUAGAGUUUAAAGGGUUUGACACAAUCUUCAAAGAAUCCACUCACUAAAUAGUUCUGGACUAUUAUCCAACUUUAGUAAAAUGUAACUUCAUCUACAAGCCCUUCAUCUCUUUCCAUUUACUGGCCAAAUAGAUCAGUUGAAUCUUAUCUGACUUAGUAUCGAUAUUACAUUCAAAGGCUCUUGCACUAUUGUAGUGGAGUGGGGUAGAAUGGGCAAAUUAGAUAACAUUGUAUAUUUCACUAUACUAAUAAUGUUCUAGCUAGGAGAAAUCGUAUGCACCCAUUAGCUUUAAGGUCAAUAUUAUACCUUCCCCCAAAGCAGAGAGUGGGAAAAAUUAAACACAGUUUUCAGGAACCUUAGGGCUAUUUGCUAUAAAAAAAGACAACACUAAAUAAAGUUUUUUAAAGGUACAAAGUUUUCCCCAUCAUUGGCUUUUUGGGAAACAUUUUCUAAAGUUAGAGAAGACAGAAAAAUGUUAACCCAUAAACUUUGCCUACUCUACACUAAAAUGUCUUGAAAUUGCAUAGCUGUCAAAUAAAAUGUGAGAUAGUAGUGGUCUAAUUUUACUUGGCAUACCUACUAUUAUAAUGCUAGAAAAUGGCUCUAGAGAAUAUAAUGCUAGAGAAGUUGGAAGACAAUAACAUGUAGGACUUAUACACUAGACUGACUCUGUAUUUGAAGGAGGCCAGGUUUGGAGAAAAGAUUUGACAAUGCUUUAUUGUUUUUGUGCCUGUCAUGCAACUUUCAAUCCUGUUAAGUUAAUAGAAGCCUUGUUACUCUUCAUCACAUAAAUACUCUGCAAGAAGGAAGAAUUAGUCAAUUAAUAAAAUUAUAGCAAUAUAAUAAUGCACCAUUUGUUUACUGAGUUGAGCACACAUUUUUCAUAUGUGCAAAGUUUUUUUUUAAUGUAUUGCUAGCCAAAGGCUAAUCAGCUCAAAGCAGUUGGGUUGUACAUGAGGAAUAGAAGAUUCUGCAAAUACACCAAAUUGUGAAGUUUUAAAACCAGGAUGGCCAAUGCACAUCUUUGCCUCAGCCACUUUAUUUCUUUUUGUACAUAUUGUGAAGCUUUAUGAAUCUAACAGAAGACGUGUUGCCAAAAGUCAUUUAACCAGAGAGCUAAAUUCAAUAUUUUAAAUAAAGCCGUUUCCAUACAAUUUUCAGCUUUUCCUAAGAUGGCUGGCUGCCUACUGUGUUGCCUACUAAAGUUUUUAAAAUACCCAAGAUUUGCUAAGCACAAAGGGAUUGACUUUGCCUGAAAACCCAUGGGUGUAAGCUGGACUACAUGCUGAGAACUCAUGUUGGUAUUAACUUCCCCCAAAUCAUUCAUGUAUGACCUUUGUUUUUGAAGGUAGCCUUAUAACUAAAAGGUCAGAAUGGAUUUUAGUGUACAAUAAUAGUUUUAAAACCUCAUUAUAUAAUGGAAUAGUAUUCACUAUGUAUGCAGGUAAUCCAAACACCCUGUAGGCUGGAUUUGUAGCAAAUGGGUUGUAUAGUGAAUACCACUCACAAUACCAGAGAGAGGCUGGAAGUAUAGUGGUUAUUCCUUAUUAAUUGCUUGCUUGCCAGAAGUUAGAUCUAAUCCUUAUACUGCUGCUUUCCAGAUUAAAACUUCUUAAAAGAAUUCAAUUGGACGUCAACAGUAUAAGGGCCUUGAACCACUGAAUGCAGCAAGUUGAUUUAUGUUUAUCUCCAGAGUAAGCAAAGUUCCACUUAUUAAGCAAAGCUCUGUAGAAACUGGAAUUAUGAGACGUUUUGGAACUUAGAAUAACUGGGUUGAGGUGAUUUAAAUUAGAUGACAUUUUGUGAAGAACUUGACUCCUUUAAUUGCAACUCCUAAGAAGCCUUAAAUACUUUACAUAUAUUAUUGAGGCUUCAUGUUUGUCGCCUUCUCAAGCGGCUACCAUGUUCCACCCUUGCCCAGUGCCCAGUACCCUCCUCUGAACCAGUUCCAUUAAUGUUCAUAGACAAUCAAAAUCUCUUGAAAGAGCCUCCUAGGCAGAUACUGCCAACAUAUAUGUAGAUCUGUUUGUUGUAAUCGUUCAUUGGACAUGCACUUUCCCUGCUUUUUUAAAAAAAUUAAAGAUGUAUAUUGUGUUGUCCCUCCCGCUUGCUGUAUUUUUUCUUCUUUGAUUUUAAUUAAUAUAUAUGUGUGAAUUGAGGGUAAAAUUCUAAAAUGGAGAAAUAUGCACAUUAAAAUAUUCCUAUUGAAAUUCCUCCUUUGCUGGAUAGGUGCAUCAGUAAAAGGGUUUUAAAAUAUUUUAGAUGGAUUAUUUUGCUUGGGUUUUUUCUUUUCUUUUCUGUAAAUGACUGUACAUAAUUUUGUGGUACUUCAUGACCGUUUUAAGUGGUUGUAAGAAAAUUAAAAAUACAUAAAUUGG